AGCCAAACCAAUGACAAAGAAUGUGUCUUUAAGGAAAAAGUAUUCGUAAUCUCCCGGAUAAUAACUAGCCACAUUAACCGUCAUCUUUCACUGGCCGGUGAUAACAGAAUUGUGAUCAAUUUUGAGCUCAUCAUGGUAAGGAAAUAUAGGUAGACAGAAAACAUCUUGAAAAAUGCGAGCUUUAAGAAACAAAAUUUACGAAAGAACAAAUCAUUAGUAAUAGUAGUACUGAAAGAGAAGGUCAUGGAUUCGAAACCUGUUGGGAAAAUCCGCCUCUUUUCGUUUCGAAUCGCUUGUAUUAAAAAAGAUCACUUACUGAAUGACUAUCAUUCUGAUACAUCCAACUUUGUAAUAGAUAUAUGAUAUACAAUACAGAAGCUUGCCGUAUUCAUAGACUGCGGCAUUCAUGAGUUGUUCCGAACGAGGUUAGCGGGGGUUAAGAUCUGUAGACUGGUUAUCUGCCAUUUUGGCCAUAUUCGAUUCUGAAAAAACCCUAACGAUCAUAACGAUCGUAGCGAUCAUAUGGACACCAGGCUUAGGAACUCUUGACUCCAGUCUGAGGUAAUGGUGAGUUCUGCCCGGGUCAAUGGACGUACAAGGAUCUCCCUCUCUGGUGGUGAAAAUUUUGAAUGUUAAUAAAACUUGGGAGAUUGAGCUUGUGGUUUGUUUUAUUUACUUUCUUAACAAGAAAGUGUGUAGAAAAAGUGCGUUGUAAAUGAGGAAGAGAAGAAACAAAAAAGAAACUAUGAUGAGAUCAACAGGCAAUAUCCUUCUUCCAGCCCGGUAAAGAAGCACAUGAAUAAACAACAAAAUGCUGGAAAAAUUCUUUCACUAGAGAAUAAAUUAAUCACUACAUCUUCCGUUCAAUUUCAGAACGAAAAUCUGUUCCCCAUGUUUUACAACGGCAAAAAGUACUGCGUUAGUUGGAAUCAAAAAGCCAAGUAAGUAACUCAACCCCCCAAAUUAAGCAGUAUUUUAAGUGAGUUGUUUUUCAGCGAGAUACUCUUGUUUUUUCUCCGCCGUGAUCAUCUGUGCAAAGAAAAAGCGGAAAAAUCCCAGUUCAGCCUUGUCGCUUCAAUUUUCAUCAUAAGGAAGCAGCAAACAUGGCCGGAUAAAAAGAGCUUUGCAAUUAAACAUGUUAUAGUUAUUCGACUUUUGUGUCGUAUAGGCAAAGGUCACAGUAUGGACGAAAAGGAUAAAACUAUUUUUGAAACUACAAAAAAAAUCCAAAAAAAAGCUAUUUUUCUCUUUAGGACGAGACAACAGCUAAAUCUAAAUUAGCGAAUGCUUCAUUUAAUCUAAAUUUUACUGGACUUUCGAUUCUUUCUCUGUAAAUCAAAUCUCCGGUUUCAAUUUUGAGACAGGAGUUACUAGUUAAUGUUGGACAUGGUUCAUAUUUCCAGGAAAGAACAGCCCGUUGCAUUUGGCGAUUUUGAUCAGUAAGUUCCUCGAUUUUUCCACUGAAGUAUAGAACCAACUGGAGUUGUUAGUUAUGCUUUUUUUUUUUUUAAAGAUUUACAUUUGCACUUGAGAAGGAAAAACGCCUUCCGCUGAAUGCGACGACUGCAUUCGGCCCAGGCUUUUUCGGCUAGCUUUUAACUGAAUUUAGCUGGGACGUUUUGUGUCGGCUUACAUAACGGAAUACCAGAAUUGAUGACUUCGAAGUGUUGUGCUCUCUUCGCUUUUUGUACUUUUUAGUUGACUGUAUAAACUCAAACUUAAGCAAGCGUGCGUUUCUCUUAUAGUCCACCUCGAAGCUAAGGUUUAGUUACCUAAAAGGUUUGGAACAUGUAUCUGAAUGAAAGUAUAAAAGGCAGAUUGGCAGAAGACCAGGCCGACAGAAACAUUGCACUAAAAAUUUGGAGAAUCAAACUGAGGAGGAGUGCUAAUAUGCGGAGAUUAAGGACUUUAAAAGGCGUUAGUAAAAGGCGACAGAAACUGAGGAAGAAAAGCGACCGAUAAUGAGAAUUAAGAUGGCCCAAAAGCUUAGAGGUUGCUUUCUAUCUCUAAAAUGUGACUAAUUCACAAGGAUUGGAAUUUCACAACACAAGGCUCCAACAUGAGCUAUUAAUGAAAAGUAAAUUUGUUGUGAUUUUGGCUUAAGUUGUGGAUUUAUCUUCUUUUGAUUGUACCGUGCUUGCAGGCUUCAGACCACUGGUAGCUGGACGAGGCGAGGAUGCUCGGUUCUGAAAACAAACAUAACGCAUACUUCCUGCGCUUGUGAUCAUCAAGGAAUCUUUGCUGUUCUGGGACAAGAAAAGGUAUGGAUCAAAAGUUAAUGUUUUUUUGUACGUGCUCAAAGGACAUAACCUGCAAAGUAAGAGAGUAUGUCCCCAAAAGCCAUUAAAUGGAAGUCUUGGGAAGGAAACGGGUGACUAAGUAAAAAAUAAAAGAUGUCUUUCAACUCGUCGAGAAGGAAAUUAUGACCAAUAAUUCCAAUUUAACUUCACAUUUAGAGCCCCCUAGAUAGCUCGCUCGCAGGCUACAUUUAACGUAGCUUGUACAAUUUGUUCAACAUUGCAGUUCAGUGUCAUCAUUCAGGACUAAAAUAUCCGAGCUCUCGAAAAUCUUUUUCUUACUGGUAACUCAGCUGAGAACUUUUUGCAAAACUUCCUAUUUCUUGUUUGUUUCUUAGAUUGAUUCCGGCAAACUUAACCUGUUGGCAAAUACAUACAUUGGAAUUGGGAUUUCAUUUUUCAUUCUCAUCUUGGCCAUUGUGCAUAUUGUCUGGAAAGUGUAAGUAUCAGUAGAACCAUCGGUAUUCAAAUAGGUGUGGGAGGAAACUAUACCAUAUUUAUAUCUUUUUUGUUCGGAGAGACCCUCUCUUUGCUAGCCUAUCGGAAAAGAAUGGAAAUUUUGCCUUCUUUUGAACAAUUUCAGGUUUAUUCGCUACAAAAAAAAGUUUCCUAUUCAGUUCUAUGUAUAUUUCGCUAAUUUUAAUAUUGCAUCUUUUUAGUGAAGUCCAUGGUGGAGAAGUCAUGCGCAUUAACAUGUGUGUCGCCAUUAUGAUCAUGCAGUCGGUGUUCCUGAUCGGCGCCCAUGUCAAGGCCCAGCAGGUAAUAAAAAAUGUCAGCAUAUUGAAAUGAAAAUAGUCGCGCCGGAAAGGACAAUAUUUGUCCUAUCACAGAUAAAAGAUGACAGUGUGUUUAGUUGCUGGCCAUUCUCAGCACCGACAGAGUCCAUAAAUCAGAAGAAAAUACUCUUGAUAUAUUAAUUGUAAAAAUGCAGCAACCUAAGUCGCCAUUAUGGAUCUGCUUAGCAGCUUGGCCUUCUUUGAUUUCAUUCCGUUUAAAUUGGCGGGUAACUCGAGAGGCCGGGUUGCAGGUUAAGGUAGCAGGCAGUUAGCGCUAACUGGCACGUUAAGUGCGGUGACGGGUGGAGGUUGGAAGGGGGGGGGGGAGGUGCAAGACCAUUUCUCGAUGCCAAACGUGAAUUUUACAGAUAUCGCAACCUCCACCGAUAAUCAAAACACAUUUUCCUUUUUCAGAUAGAAAUAGUCAUUUUGCACUGAGAUACCAAAUAUUCUGGUACUAUCAGAUAUGUACCUAAGAAAACAGCUAACAUUUCGCGACUCCACAACUGGAGAAAUGACGUCUGGGAAACGAGUGCAGAAAUUCUAUACUGAUAACAGGUCACUACCCAGAUCUGGGUAGCGCUUCUAAUUGGUUGAAGAACAUUUCUCACGCGGAACGACCAAUCGGAAGCACUACCCAGAUCUGAAUGUUAACAUGUCAUCAGUUUGGAAUAUCUGUGCUCGUUUUCAGACGUCAUUUCGCGGGAAAACCAGUGGUGACGUAGCACGAAAUUUCGGCUUUUGUCUCAGGCUAUCAUGCAGAUAUCCAAAAAGUACGCUUUCCUUCACCUGAAAUCCUAAAUUUUAACAAGAGAGCAAGAAUGCUGUUCUUGCCCCAUCUAUCUAGCCUUGUGCUCAUCGUUUUAUUAAAUCGUUUGUUCGCAGGCUCUUUGUGGAUUUCUUUCCUUCGCCGUUUAUUUCUCUGUUUUGGCUGAGUUCUGCUGGCUCCUUCUUCAUGGUCUGAGAAUCCAUGGCAAAAUCAAGAAACUCUUUGCGUCCAAUCUCAACAUUGAGGCUGUGUAUUUCGGAAUUGGAUGGGGUAUGAAUAUUUAAAAUGCUCGGUCAUUUGAAGUUCCUAUUGCAUGAUUGCAAUUUGCAUGCACCGAUCUCCAAAACCUCCCGUCAAAGCCACUUUCAUUUAUUAAUGAAUUAUGCGCCAAUAAUUAAAUUUGUCGGCUUGCUCUUGAAGUAACUCUGCGACUUAAAAAACAAACAAAAGUCAUAAAUUUUUAGAUUCACACCAUGCGAUUUCUCUUACAGACAGUCAAAACUAGAACUUAAGGUUUUCUUCAUAUCAGAGGGCAGUCAGUAGCACAACGUCAGCAAAUUCGUUGAAUCUUUGAACAAUAAAUGAGACUGUCAGCAUUGUCCAUAUCCUCGUUUAAAAUACUGUAUUUAUUUUCUCAGAGAAUAAACCACUGAAAGAGACGACAGGGUCAUUUGACUAAAUCAACGAUUUGCGUUAGCCAUAGUUUCUUAUAGAUUAGCUUAGUAAAAUUCACUAAAUAUCUCACGAUGACAUUUUGAUGUUACUUACUUGCAGGGUUGCCGCUGCUUUUGGGGCUUAUUGCCAUUGGUGUGAAGAUCAACUUGAAGAAUCCAGAUGACGUGUAAGUACCUCUCCUUAUAUUCAGUUACCACAUUAAUAUUUUUGCUAAGCAUGUCUCCGAUUAUUUCUCUAACUGUUGACAUUCUUUCUUGAUCAUUUGACAGCUGCUGGGAGGCGGCAGUUGGAGGAGCCAUGUGGGGAUAUGCGAUGCCCGUCAUUGCCAUCGCUUUGGUAAGCAACGGCUCCUAAUAAGUCAGGGAAUUAAUUUGUGAAGUCGUAUUUAUUUGCAUUAUCCCUCAGAAAAGGUGGUUUCUUUGUUUUUGGAGGUGUGGAUGAGCGGUUGUACCAGCAAGAGAUCAGAUUCGAGGAUCGCUCUGCCAUUAAUAUACAUCGCAUGCUCUAAAACCGCGGAAUUUGCUGCGUGUCUUUCUUGGUGAAUUUUGGUUCAAUUUUCAUACCCGGUAUCACAUUCUUGUGGCUACGUAGCCUGUGUGGCAGGCGUUUGGAAGGGAAAGGGGGAAAUUUGCAGCUUGACAACGGGACGGACCGGUAACAAUAGGGAGGAGAGAGGAAACACCUCACUCCUUUUCUCGCGCGCCCGACGCGCCUAACACCCAGUCUAUUUUCAUUUCGCCCUACUGUUAACAUGAUUUGUUUCCCUAAAUUCCUCUUUAAUGUUCUUGGCAUUAAUGAUAAAAACGUUUGAAACCCUCGGUUGUUUUUCCAGUUAAAUGUGGCUGUCUUGGUGAAGCUGCUCAUUCCAACACAGGAUGUUAGAGACGGUUACGAUUAUGAAGAAAUGAGGUAAGUGUAAAACUGGUACGCAUUAUUUGUACAAAGGAGAUGCUCUGUAAAAGCUUGCGAAGUCCUCAAUUUUGUAAAUACAGGACGAUCUCAGCAGAGAAAAAAUACAGUAGGGGACAUCUGACUUUUCUGCUUUUGGGUGAUAGCCAACCAAUGGUAAACGAGGAAUGGAUAACCUUUUUCAAGACUUAUGGGAUACUCUCAAAGACAAUUCAGGAGUAGAUGUGAAAGAACUGAAGGAGAGGACGCAGAUAGGAGAAAGUCAGAAGAACAUCAUUGAUCGAGAUUGUGAGACAUUUUUAUCUCGGUAGAGCGCUUGCCUGCAGAGCGGGAGGUCGCGGGUUCGUUUCCCGGGGCCCGACCAAUACUCAGUUUCUUGAAGAAGGUGAGAAAUAAAUGUAUUGCCUUUGCCCAGAAACGGCCUGACCUUCGUGUAGCUCGGAUGAUCAUGUAAAAUGGCAGUCCCGUCUCCGAAUAGUGUCCUCCAUUACGUUCGUGUUAAAUACAUUGACAGUUCAAAUAAAGUGCAUUUUUUUUGUUUUUAACUAAGCUUAUUCAUUACAGGUAUCGCGUGAUUAAAGACAUGUUUAUUCUGCUGUGUUUUGGAUUAACCUGCACAUUCGCUUACCAGGCCGUGGAAGAAGAACGAUUCCUUGAGCAGUAUCUGCUCUCUUCUUUUGUCAUCAUGCAGGUAAGUCACAUGACAAUUCACUAUAGCUCCCUGGUCGUGACACCCCGUCAUGUAAAAUGCAAUGUUGCUACUGAAGAUUAUCAUUCGUUCCACAUUUUCUGUGACCACACCCUUUGAACUAUUAUAGGCUGGUUUUCACUAGCGACGAGGUCGGAGUCGGAGUCGUAAUCAGAAGCGUAGAACUUUACGAUCUAGUGAAAACAGGGUUCUGAUUCUUCUGAUUCCGCUUACGACAUUGUCGUCUAUUUUACGAUCAAGUGAAAGCUGGGUCGUCGGAGUCACAAGCAGAAGCGGAAGAACUAAACCAAUCACAAAGCGUGGAAACGUGCAUUGUGAUUGGUUUAUCCUUCCGCUUCUGCUUCCGACUCCGACAAUCUGGUUUUCACUAUAUAGAUCAUAAACGGAACAUAAGUGACGAAGUCGUAAGAGGAGUUGGAAGAAUAUGGAAAACGUUCUGAUUCUUCUGACUCCGAUUCCGUCGCGCUUAUGACUCCGCUACGACUCCGAUUUUUGAUUUUCACUAGGUCAUAAGCGCUCUUCCGACUCAGUUUACGACUCCGACUCCGUCGCUAGUGAAGACCAGCCUUAAGUUUCAAGUUUUUAUCCAACUGAUCUGGUGAAUGCUUUUUUUUCUUAUUCUAGGCUCUUGCCAUGUUUGUCUUCGGAAGGGAGGUAAGAAUUUUGAAACGGAUGAGGGAAUGUGCAAUUGAAAUGAAAUUUGAUGUAAAAACGUCUUCAAGUGUCGACUGUACCUGGGGAUAUCUAAGCAGAGUGAUUACAGGAAUCUUAUUUGAUAAAGAAAUGUAAUGCAUUAUAGAAUGCAAGAGAAAUGAAUAAGGUAAGACUGACUGAAACAAUAAGAAAACGAAUGAAUGAAUGAAAAUUGAAAGGGAUACGGUUAAGUAAGUCUUAAAAGAAUUGACAAAUAAUCAUCACUUAUAACUGAGACUGGCAAAAACGAGUUUCCACAGUAACUGAAACUUUGGCAAAACCGCAAAAGAGUUGAAUGUUUUUUAAUCACGACUUGAACAAUCUUUGUCAGAACUCCCUAGAGAAAGUUUUGAACUUAACCAAUUACAAGACCUUCAUAUAGGAGUUCUUAUCUUGGAGUUUGUUUCGAGAUUUUUUAGGUUCUUUAAGAAGAAAGAACAAAGAAGAACAACUGCUUGUUUCUGUUCUUUAUCGAGAUAACAAAGUGAAAUCAUAGAUCGGCUGUACUUUGCUCUCAGAGAGACCACCACGUGACUUAGUUUUAAUCCCAUCAUUCCCUACGUGUACUUUGAGACGUUUUUGAGUGACUCGCGCUAACCGAAAGUGGAUAUUUUGCAAUAUUCGGCAGUUGUUCGCCCACAUUUUUGGGCAAGAGCAAGACAACCAGGCAUUACCAAUUUGGCGGCGUCAAGAUGUAUUUAAAGGAAGAAGGCCUCACUUCCGAUUGGCGCACGUCACUCAGGUGUCGCAGACUAACUUCGUUGUGAAAUACUCAUAAACAUGUCUCUUGAAUUUUCAGGGUCGGAAAGAUUUCAUUAAGCGCGUCGAGAAAGCCAGAGCGGAAACGGAACCCGAACCUGCAAAAGAAGAACCCAUAGAAAAUAUUUACGAGGAUAUCGAAGAAGAAAAGGCUCCCGAAGAAAAAAAUGAAGAGAAAGGACGAGUUAAGAGGACUCGAAAAAGAGCAUCAGUGAGUUAAAGUAGCUUCUUUUUAAAAGCUGAACGUCUUGCUGACGCCUCGAAAUCACACCUAGGUUGAAAGAUGCCAAAUUAACUUGACAGAGUGACUACUUCUAUAUUAAUAGGUGGUGUGAGAACGGCAUAUUUAACGGCAAAAAAAAUUUGCUAAUAAGCAAAACAAGGCCAUAUCAAGCGCAUCGAAGUUAGUCAAAAAUGCUCCACUACGCGAUGUAUUUCGAUUUCCCUUCUGUUGGAUAUGUCAUAAAUCACUGUAUUUCGUGUUAAUAUUACCUUAAUAUUAACUCUGAAUCAUGUCUUUCAGAACAAACCACCAGAGAGGAUUGCCGUUUCCACGUUGAAAAACCUCAAUAUCUACAAGGAGGGUGACCAGUACGUUAUCGAAGCUUGA